ACAAUUUAUUUAUGAGUUAAACUGUGAUCAGAUAAACCAGCUAUCAAAUUGUAACUAUUCAUUAUUCUCUCCGGUUUAUUAGUGAAUAUUAGUUUUGGUUGUGUACUUGAGUGUUUACCAAUCCUUGUAGGCCCUUUCAUUAACUAAUUAAGUUAUAUUUGUCUGCAAUGUCAUGAUGUAAUUCCUACUAUAUUAUUAUGUUAUUUUUUAAUCAAAUAACCUUUUGGUAAUGUCAAUAAUUCAAUAGGACGAAGAGAUGCCUUGAAAAAUGCAUGUUGGAGUAAUAUACAUAAUAUAAUUUUCUGACUUUGUGACACAACAUCACUUAUUACAAUAUAAGUAAGCUUCAGAUGGUCUCUCUUGCUCUAUUAUUUGGAGAGAUAAAAUGAGGCUUUUGGACCACACAUUUGUUGACCUUGACCUUUAACGAAUAUGCCCUAGAAGUUAAUCAUUGUUUAGUCAUAUUGUCCCCACAUUUGAUUUGGGCACAGUUAUUCAAAUGUCGUUCAGGGUUAGUUCAAUUACGCAGGUGAAAAUUCUCAGCAGUACACUUACUGCUUCCCUCCAGAAUAUGAAUAUGCAAAUAUUUCUAAUGUAAAAUAUUUCACUUUUGGAUACAAGGAUACUGGACCUCGGUGCUCUUCUAAACUGGGUAUGAUGUCUCAAAAUCAUGCUCACACAAACACGCUUGUCUUCUUGCUGUGACUUUGAUGAGAAGGUUGGUGCCAGUGUUGGUCAGUGUCACUGUCAAGCUGGAGUCAUAAAACAACAACCAUACUGUAUACACCCCAUCAGGAUUCGGUCCACCCACAGCACUUCUUAGGAUGAGGGACCCCCAUUCGAGGACAGUAAACAUUCUGGCCAGAGAAGACUGAUAAUUUUAAAGAGGAGUGAACAGAGCUAGUUACGUGGAACCGGAACGACCGUCACCAAACGGGGUGGUCGGUCUACAACAUCACUCAUCAGCUGGUCUCGGGACCCCUCCCCAGGCAUCUCAAGUCCGAUUCACACCAUGACUCGUGACCCAAGGGACUCAUGAUGUAAAAUGACCCCCCACAAGAGGUUAAAAACCUGGGACUGUACCAAUUAGUUACAGUAGAAGGGGAAAAAAACCUUCAGCCCCUUAUAAGAAGAGGUUGUAUCUGACUGGUAAGGUGUAUCGUUGUUAUUCCCUCGAACCAGUUUCAGGGAGUAACAGGUUUCCAUUAAUGUUUAGUCCCAACUUGAAUCUGUUUAGAAAAAAUUAAUAAAUCUGAAAAUAACUAGUUUCCUGAAAUGUGGUUUCUCUGGUAAUUUUGCUUUAUGGAACAGCCCUCAGGUUGUUCCCUGACACCCAUGACACAGUCAGCAGACUGUUUGUCGAGUUUGAUGCCCUCCAGCUUCAUGUACUGUAGUUGCACCGAGGCACACAGAGCCAGCUGCAAGAGCCUGAACGAUAAACAUAUAAACACAGACUAUUUAAUGCUCCAUCCCAGUCAAAAGCCCGCUCUUCAGAGAAGAGUGAACGAGAGCAGAAAGAGAGCGAGGGCUCGAGGCUCACAGUCUACUGUGUGUUCUCUGUUUGAAUCAAACGGCUGAGGAGGCAUGGUAAAACAGAAUCAUGCCCCUCGACUGAUCACACCAGCGGUAGACGAACAAGCGGCUGCAACAAUUUGCUGCACUCAUAUCCUUGUAAUUUUUCCAGAUCUUUAAAGCUCUGGUGUUGUAUGGCACGGGAUCGGAUGACAGAUUUGAAGCAGGCGGCUGCAAUUUUCUGACACUGCUGAACGGAACUGCACUUCUACUUGGUUUAUUUUCAGCCUGGAUAGAUAAUGAAGAUUCUUCAUGUUGUCGUGUUUUGUUGCUUCUCAGUUGUGUGUGUGAAGACCUCGGCAGUGCUGGAGGUGAGCGGCCGUGUUGGAGGAGAGGUCUCCAUUCACUGCUCUGUUGGCUGGACCAAAGACAACGGCUCCGAACACAACAACAUGUACUUCUGUAGAGGAGUCUGCUCCAGAGAAAACAUUCUCGUUGAGACUGAGAGGAAGGGGUCGGCUGUCACCGGACAGGGCAGAUACAGCAUUGAGGUCAGCGGAGGAUAUGGAGUCUUCAACGUGACCAUAAAGAAGCUGCAGGCGGCGGACGCAGGCCGAUAUUGCUGUGGAGGGGAGAGAACCAUGAACGUGUUGUACCAGGAGGUCGAGCUCAUAGUCCUAGAUGCUCCCACUGUUCGUCCUGGAUCUCUGCCCCGUGGCAGCUUUCAAUCCACCACUGAAUCGUCACCCGCCGUGUUAACGCUGUCCACUACACCGAAGACAAACAAGAAGGCAACCAUCAACCUCACAGACACCACAGUGGUCAUCAUUAUUUCCGUGAGCCUGGCUCUCCUGGUGUGUGCACUCAUCCCCCUUGUGUUCUACGGCCACUGGAGGAGUAAUGCAGAAGGUCAGAGCAGACCUCAAGCAAACCUAGGUCAGGGUGAUUACUGCGAGGAAAAUGCAGAUGGUGCCUCGACUCAGGGCAUGGUGAAGCUGCAGCCGUUGGAACCAGAUCCAGAGUCCAGUGCUCAGGAUGAUUCCCAGUAUGCCGUCAUCUACCAGGCACUGGAUCCCCAAACUGUGGAAUGAGCGGGGUUUAUUCUGUUUUUGAGCUGGCAGCUCGUUCCGCCCGUUUAUCUGUAUUUUAUCAAAUAAAGGACAAAUACUUGA